ACUAAGUUGAACGAGACGCCAGUAUCCUUGCAGUACAUUAAAUACUAUGGCUCUGUGUGGACAAUACAUCCUCCGCACAGUCCAUUCAGGAAAAUGAUCUCAUCUGUCUUCUAGAAGGAGGUUCAAAGCCAUCUAUCAUUAGAGUAUACAAGGAUUAUUCAGCCAUCAUCAUGGUCGCAGCUGUACCAACUACAUCAACUCCCUGGCGCCGACAAACCAAUCGUCGACAUGCCACGUCUCAUCAAUCUUUGCCUUCUCCAAAUAUCUACCCACAUGACCUUUUGCUCACCUGGCAGUGGGAGCCAGCCUCCGAUGAAAUGCCAACCGAUCGUGUACCAGAGAUCAAUUGUGUAGUGCCAGGGUAUCUGAAGACCGAUGCAGAUAAGGCAACCAGAUCAUAUGACGUGAUACAGAUCUUGCAGGAGGCCACCAAUUAUGAGAGGGCAAUGACUCAGCUCGAGGAUGACAUUGAGAAAUAUGAAGAGAUAUUUGGAAGAGAGAAUCUACAUAUAUUGUCGUGUAAAGACAGGCUUGCGCCUUACGGUGAACUAAACUAUGAUCUUUACAGACGGGAGAAUCUCCUAUUCGAGGUGGUAAAGAUCAGACAACAUUUUCAAGGCAAUUUUCAUCAAGAUACAUUGAAUAGCAAAGCGCAACUAGCGAUGAUUUAUAUUAAGGUAAAAUGGAACGAUGGCAUUUAUCCAAUUAUGGAGGAAGAUUAUGAUUACUCAAGAGAGAUAACUGAUGCGAUCAGAGAUAAUGCUCGAAUUAGAGAAGUGGAUUUAAUGAGGGCUAUAAUACACAUCCACCAAGGAACGAGGCAUCCGGAUUACGUCGGUCAACGAUGGUUGGAGCUUUUUCUAAGCUUAAAAAGGGAAAAUGCUUCAAUCACAAAGAACGUAAUAGGAUUCACCGCAGUGUAUGGAUGUAGGAGCCAGCUAGUUUCGCUGUUGCAAGCAUCUGAGCCAGCUUGCGAGAACACAUACGACUCACAAAAUCCACUCGAGGAACCUUAUGACGAGGAUGUAUGGAUGUCUCUGAUAGAGAAACGCGGCGCACAUAUGCAGGUUACAAAGGAACUGUUGAUGUUUGUAGGGAGGCUGGACGUACGGUAUAUGUGGAAGUUGCUAGAGGCCGUACCGGCUGAUUUUGAGAUUACAAGCGAAGUAUUAGAGGUUGUAGCAGGGGUGAUAGUCAUUCGAUAAGGAUGGCUAUCGAGGGAAACGAGGCGCGAGCAUGGCAAUCACAGAAGCAGUCAUGAUCGCAGCAGCAAGAAAUAAGUCUAAUGGAGCCACAGUAAUGUUUAGAUUAUGUGAAAACAAGGAUGGAUGAUGAUCAUCACAGAGGCAAUCUUAAUAGCAGCAAUAGAAAAUUUAGAUCAAGGUGAUACAAUCGUCAGGGUAUUACUCGAGGGACAGGGACAAAAGAACAAUAUUACUAUCACAAAUCAAGUGAUAAAGGUUUCGGUAAAAAGGAGCAGAGAAAAAAGAGAGAGAGAGGAAAGAGAUAGAAUAGAAAGAUAUAGAGGUGGAACAAUUAUAGGGGAGCGAAACGUUAUUCGAAAGUAUUUGGAUAUUGCAUUAAUGGUAUUGCUUGAAGAGCGGGGGGCAGAUAUGGAGGUCAUAGAGGAGAUCUUUAGGAUGAUCGCAACGGAAGACAAGAGAGCUCUAACCCGAUUGAUUGAGAAACAAGGGACAAAAAUGAAGGUUACCCAGGAGAUGGUGAAAACAGUUGCAGAACACCCGGAGGAUGCAACAUUAUUAGCAAAGAUGGAGGAGAUGCGUAGAAUGCAAUGAGCAACAGUAUCAAACUUCAACCAAUUCUUAAUAAACUAU